CAGACAGAAUGGCUCCAGUGAACCAGUCAAAGGACAAGAAGCAUGAGAGGGCACAUGAGCAUUGGCUGGAGGAGGCAAAAUCAGCUGGGAAGAGGAAACCGGACUACGAGGAACUAGGGAAUGAGCCACAAGCAAAUAGGUUGUUUUUGAGAAAAACAUCCAAACCCCCAGAGAAAAUCGGUUGGAGUGGUGUUGGAUCUGUAGUGAGAAACAACAGAGUUCUUUUCCAUCAGCUGGAGCGGCAGUGCAGCAUUGUUCAUUAUAUCUACCAGAACAGGCUGGGAGGCUCCAUUCGGGCACAGCUCAGGCAGUGCCUGCAGCUGCCCUUUCUGCGUUCUCUUGCCUCAUACCGCCUCUUUCGAACAGCAAGUCCCUUUGACAGGAGAGUGACAUGCCUGGAAUGGCAUCCAACACACCCCAGUACUGUAGCUGCUGGUUCCAAAGGUGGAGACAUCAUUCUUUGGGACUAUGAAGUACUUACUAAAACCUGCUUCAUAAAAGGGAAAGGGCCAGGAGAUUCUCUCGGAGACAUGAAGUUCAGUCCUUACGAGGCAGUCAAGCUUUAUGUGGCCUCAGGGGAUGGCACCCUAAGUCUGCAGGACCUUGAGGGCAGAGCGGUGCAAGUGAUCUCCCAUGCCCUGGACUGUGGCCAUGAGUUCCAUAAUGUUUGUUGCUGGUACUGCAGCGUUGAUGUUUCUGCAAGCAGCCGUGCAGUGGUGACGGGUGAUAAUGUGGGCAACGUGGUCCUGCUCAGCACUUCUGGUGAAGAGAUUUGGAAGCUGAAAUUGCACAAGAAGAAAGUGACUCAUGUGGAAUUCAACUCCCGGUGUGAGUGGUUGUUGGCCACAGCAUCUGUGGAUCAGACAGUCAAAAUCUGGGACCUCAGGAACAUCAAAAACAAAACGAACUUUCUCCAUGUGCUUCCUCAUGACAAACCUGUCAAUGCAGCUUAUUUCAGCCCAACAGAUGGUGCCAAGCUCCUCAGCACAGACCAGCGCAGUGAAAUCAGGGUUUACUCAUCUUCAGACUGGACCAAGCCACAGCAUGUGAUCCCACAUCCACAUCGGCAGUUUCAGCACCUCACACCUAUUAAGGCAACGUGGCAUCCUCGCUAUGACCUCAUUGUAGCAGGUCGCUACCCGGACCCUAAGUUCCCAGGGUACACGGUGAAUGAGCUACGAACUGUUGAUGUAUUUGAUGGAAACACUGGGGAGAUGGUUUGUCAGCUCUAUGAUCCAAAUGCUUCUGGUAUCAUCUCGCUCAAUAAAUUUAACCCUAUGGGAGACACACUGGCUUCUGGCAUGGGCUUUAAUAUUCUGAUCUGGAGCCGGGAGGAGAUGGUGGCCAAGAAGCAAGAACAUCUUCUGAAAGCCAUGAUAGAACAGGGGAUUGGAAGCUGGAGUUCAUCCAGACGUGGAGGGCAAAGGCAGGCAAACCCUGGGACAAGCAAACUCAAAACUAACUUACUGUCUUGGGAGCUGGAGGAGACGAGAACAAAAAGCAGUGGUUCUAAAUCACAGGGAAGGAAGCGAAAAGGGAAGGAUCUACAGGAGUGAUGUAUUUUGAUCCUUUCUAGAUCAUAGGGUACAGAUUCAGUGUUGGCAGGGGGCAGUAUAAGCUGCGCAGGGCAUUAGACAUUUACUUUGUCCUUCCUCCCUGGAUCUGAACUUCCUUGAUUCCCUUUGGUUC